GAUUACGCAUUUUGCGCAGUGUCGUAUUCCCGGAUGAGAAUUGGUUGAGAUUACAUUCCAUGCUGGAAGACAACGCUGAAUCCUUAAGUCCCUCAAACGCUGCAAGUAACAUCGACUACAGAGGAGGGUAUUUUUGCAUUACCUUGCUUUUAAAGCACUCACAGCUUCUCUAAAUAUUGGGUAAAAUGGUUAGAUUGGACCUUGGUGAUGUACUUCUGCGCAGGAUGCAGGAGAAGGACAUUGAAGCUGUAAAGGCUCUCAUCAAGGAAGGAUGUGAGGGAACGGAGAAUCGCCUGAUUCUUUACCUUCUUACUCGUCCUCUUGCUCUCCUCAUGCUGGCCAUCCUCUCCUCCAUCCUCCGCUGUGUACUGCACUCUUUUAUCUUGGCCUUGGUCAUUCCCGUCUUCAUCUUCAUCAUCUACCUCAAACUCACCAUACCGCGGUCGGUGGGCAUCUUGGGCUCCAGCAGGCCGUACUGGGACUACGUGGGCAGCAGUUACCAUGCAGACACACAGCCAGAUCUACCCAAUCCUCACACUGGCAGAGCCAAACUGGAGAAAACCAGACGGCGUAAAAAACCCAAAGAAAAGGAGAAGGACAAGACGAAGGAGAGAGAACAGGUGGAUGAGGAUGAGCUGAAGGAGAGGGCGAAGGUUGCUGGUGAGGUGUGGGUGGCGGACUCUGAUGGGGAGGUCAUGGGAUGCGUGGCUAGAGACGGUUGGAGUCGGGACGGUGUAUGUAGGAUCUGCAGAUUGGUGGUCCAGAGUUGGUACCGCAGAGAGGGACUGGGCAGACUGCUGGUGCAGGGACUGGAGUCCAGAACAAAGCAGGGUGGCAUACGGCGGGUCUAUGCCCAUGUGCCAUUUCCAUCCAAAGUGGGAGAAGCUUUCUUCAGGAGGCUGGGUUAUCGUCUGCAGGGCGAGACUGCAGGGACUACUGGAGAGGAGGAGGAGGUUGAUGAUUAUGAAGAGCCACAGAAGGGUUGGUUGGGUUUCCCUUUAACUAAAGUGUUUGUUAAGGAUCUAUAAGUCGCACUAAAACAGGAACGAAAGGCUUUCUCUGCUAGACAAGGCAACACAUAAUUUAAGGAAUAAUUCUGGGUUCAAUACACACUAUGCUCAAUAAACCUAUGGUGUAAUGUUAAAAAAUAAUUUUUGGCAUUUAAACAAAAUAAAUAAAUAAAUAGUCAAAUUCAAGGUAAUGGUGAGGCAGACAGUAGGAGAAAAAUGGGGCCUAUUUUUGGAUUUAAAAGUAAAAAUGUGAAGCUAAUAAUUUUAUAAAAGCUAUUCAUUCUGUUGACACUUGUGUAUGAGUUAUAAAAAAUACUAAUUUUUACAGUUUUUCAUGGUUAAUGGAGUAAUAUUGCCAUGAAUUUAUGAAAUUAAGUGUACCUAAGUACUGUGGUGGCCAAAAUGAUUAGAACACUAGUAUUUUCUUGAAGCAUCUUGGAGACAUUGCCACAGUUGUUCUUGUUUUAAUCUGUCUCAGUUUGUUUUUUUUCUUCAUGUCAUUCCAGACAGACUGGACGAUGAUGAGAAUAGAUCUCUGUGUGGCGCACUGGCUGUUUUCAGACUCCUUGUGCAAACAAAAAUCUCACUGGAUUAUUACAAUUAAUGGCAACAUGAAUGUUUGGAAAUGUAAACUGAUAUUUCCUACUGACACACUACAGCAAAAGAUAGAAAUAAUUGAUUUUAAACCAUUUUUUUUUUGCUGGUGAAAAUACUAGUGUUCUAAUAAUUUUGGCUACCACUGUAACUUAGUAAGGAUUUUUUUUUUAUUUCAAACUAAAAAUCAUGCAUAGUUUACCUCUUGUGGCUUUACUAUUGAAACAGUGAGUAUUUUACCAUUGGCUACAUUGUAAGUAACCCAGAUUAAUGAAAUGUAAGUAGUGACAGAUAUUUAAUAAAUUGUGACGCACAUCCAAGUGUAACAGAUCGAAAAUGAAAAAAUUAGUUCUUUUUUUAAUAGGAUUAGUUCACAAUUAUAUCCAUAACAUGCAUUUAAUGGAUUAUGUAAUGCCAACUUUAAAGCUAUUUCAACUUUUGUUGCUGUUUUUUAUUUUUUUUUGUGGUAAUCAACAUUGUUCAUUGGAUUGAGUUUAACUCAUCCUGAACCACGAAUAUUCCUUUUAACAAGCUUAGAUUUCAGAUUUAUUAAUGGAUUUGUUCAUUUUCACAUCGUCCCAGUGAAUCACAGUAGCUGGGUUUCCAUCCAAAGUUGCGAAUUUAACUUAUGCGCAAAACUGGAAUAUUGCAUAAAACAUUUGCGAACAUGCAUCGAUUUCCAUCACUCGUUUCUCAUGUGAUACUUCAAAAUGCGCGUUAAAAUAGGGUGAUGGAAACAUAGCUACUGACAUCAGAAACCUCUCUGGAUAUAAAAAUCGUAUAAACAUUUGUGCUGUCAAACGAUUAAUCGCGAUUACACUUACAUGUAUUAUGUAAACAAAAACUUUUAUUUUGGAUGAGAUUAAUCCUGAUUAAUCAUUUGACAGCACUAAUAAAAAUAAUUUCUAAUGUUGUGUAAGAGCAUUUUAAUGUUUGUGAACGUUACAGAAAUCAUCUCUGGGUUGUGAAACCUGAGCCUGAAAGCACAGUCAGUCAUUUGACUUGACUUAUUGUUUAUAGCAUGGAUUGUUUUUUUAGUGAUUAAGAUAGUGAUUUACAUGUGUUUACCUUAUUUAUUCACCUUAUUUAUUAUCUUGUAUUUAUGAGUAAAUUUGAGGGUUUUUGUGAAAACAUUUUGUACGUUUCCCUUGACUGCUGAUGAAUAUGCUUUUUUUUUAAUGUAUAAAUAAAGGUUUUGUCCCUC